AUGGCGGGAACUCUUGUUCCUCCGUGGUACGAGGAGCAUCCACCCUCGGUCAACGACAUGAACAUCGCCAGCAUGUUUUGGGGGUUCACGCUUGGAGUCGGGCUAUGGAGCGGGGUCAAAGGAUACCGACAGACUUUGGCGAGCUGGAGAAGGAUACACCGGAUCAACACGUAUGUGUGGCUGAUAUGGUCGGAAUGGAUUGCGAGUAUGGUUAUUGGCAUCAUAUCUUGGUGCUACCUUACGGGCAGGAUUGACGCAAGCUUCGAAUACUUCUUCUUCCUUCUCGUCCUGUGGUCUAUUCAAGUUCAAUGUCUGAUGCAAAUCAUCAUCAACCGGAUCGCAAUUCUGAUACCGAUUCAGUCGCAUGCAAGCCGGUUGAAGUGGGGCGUCUUCGGGAUCCUGCUCGCAGUUAACAUCAGCGUUUUCUGCAUAUGGAUCCCUGCGCGUCUUCAAAUCAACCACACAUACAUCCACGUCAACGAGAUCUGGGACAGGAUCGAGAAGGCAAUUUUCUUGAUCGUUGACGCAAGCCUCAACCUCACCUUCAUCUAUCUCGUCAAGUCACGCUUGAUUGCCAGCGGCCUCACAAAGUACACGAGGCUAUUUAACUUCAAUCUUCUCAUGAUUGCAGUGUCCAUGUCACUCGACGUCAUCUUGAUAGGACUCAUGUCUCUUCCCAAUACUCUCAUGUUGUACUCUCUCUCGUCAAUUCCUUGA